UGGGGCUUCCUUAAGCAGCUGAGCAGGAGCUGAAACAGAAUCCCAAGGAUGAUGUCCUAUGGAGAGAGGCUGGGGAGCCCGGCUGUCUCCCCACUCCCAGUACGAGGGGGACACAUGAUGCGUGGGACGGCCUUUGCCUAUGUGCCCAGCCCUCAGGUCCUGCACAGGAUCCCAGGAACCUCUGCCUAUGCCUUCCCCAGCCUUGGCACUGUGGCCCUUACUGAGCACAGCUGCCCCUGUGGGGAAGUUCUGGAGUGCCAUGACCCGCUGCCUGCCAAGCUGGCCCUGGAAGAGGAGCAGAAGCCAGAGCCUGGGCUGGCCCAGAAGCUGCGCCGGGCUGGCAUGACACUCCUCAAGGUGCCACUGAUGCUCACCUUUCUCUACCUCUUCGUCUGCUCCCUGGACGUGCUCAGCUCUGCCUUCCAGCUGGCUGGAGGGAAGGUGGCUGGCGACAUCUUCAAGGACAAUGCCAUCCUGUCCAACCCAGUGGCAGGGCUGGUGGUGGGGAUCCUGGUGACAGUGCUGGUGCAGAGCUCCAGCACCUCCACAUCCAUCAUUGUCAGCAUGGUCUCCUCUGGCUUGCUGGAGGUGAGCUCUGCUAUCCCCAUCAUCAUGGGCUCCAACAUUGGCACCUCUGUGACCAACACCAUUGUGGCCUUGAUGCAGGCGGGGGACAGGACUGACUUCCGGCGGGCCUUCGCGGGGGCCACGGUGCACGACUGCUUUAACUGGCUGUCAGUUCUGGUCCUGCUGCCCCUGGAGGCUGCCACUGGGUACCUGCACCAUGUUACUGGACUGGUGGUUGCCUCCUUCAACAUCCGUGGUGGCCGUGAUGCCCCUGACCUGCUCAAGAUCAUCACAGAACCCUUCACCAAGCUCAUCAUCCAGCUGGACAAGUCUGUGAUUACCAGCAUUGCCACCGGUGACGAGUCCCUGAGAAACCAUAGUCUCAUCCGGAUCUGGUGCGGCCCAGACCCCAUGGAGGUUCCCACCCCCAGGCCCAGGGCAGAGGUCAAUACCAGCUGGACUCUUGGAAAUGCCACCAUGGAGAAAUGCAACCACAUCUUCGUGGACACAGGGCUUCCUGACUUGGCUGUGGGGCUCAUUCUGCUGGCCGGCUCCCUGGUGCUCCUAUGCACCUGCCUCAUCCUCCUCGUCAAGAUGCUCAACUCUCUGCUUAAGGGCCAAGUGGCCAAGGUCAUUCAGAAGGUUAUCAACACUGACUUCCCCGCCCCCUUCACCUGGGCCACAGGCUACUUUGCCAUGGUGGUGGGAGCUGGCAUGACCUUCGUUGUCCAGAGCAGUUCUGUGUUCACCUCAGCCAUCACCCCCCUCAUCGGCUUGGGUGUGAUCAGCAUCGAGCGGGCCUACCCCCUCACACUGGGCUCCAACAUUGGCACUACCACCACGGCCAUUCUGGCUGCACUGGCCAGCCCCAGGGAGAAGCUGUCCAGCGCCUUCCAGAUUGCCCUCUGCCACUUCUUCUUCAACAUCUCGGGCAUCCUGCUGUGGUAUCCAGUGCCCUGCACACGCCUGCCAAUCCGCAUGGCCAAGGCGCUGGGCAAACGCACUGCCACGUACCGCUGGUUUGCUGUCCUCUAUCUCCUCCUGUGCUUCUUGUUACUGCCCUCGCUGGUGUUUGGCAUCUCCAUGGCAGGCUGGCGGGCCAUGGCAGGGGUGGGUGCACCAUUUGGGGCCUUGCUGGCCUUUGUGGUGCUCGUCAAUGUCCUGCAGAAUCGCAGCCCCAGACACCUGCCCAAGUGGCUGCAGACAUGGGACUUCCUGCCCCAUUGGAUGCACUCCUUGAAGCCCCUGGACCGUCUCAUCACCCGUGCCACUUUGUGCUGUGCCAGGCCUGAGCCCCGCUCGCCCCCACUGCCUGCCAGGGUCUUCCUGGAGGAGCUGCCUCCUGCCACACCCUCCCCCCGCCUGGCACUGCCUGCUCAACACAAUGCCACUCGCCUCUAGCCUCCAGCCCAGACUGCCGCGCGGGGCAGGGAAGGACCUGUGCCUGGUGCCCACUGUAGAAGGGCAGAGGAGUGUGUCUGUACUCUGGGCAUGGGCUUGUCCUUGUGCAGGUCCUCAGAGGUCUGGGCUUGUGUGACUGAGAGUCAGUGUGUGCUCGUGUGGGCAUGUUUGGUGAGACUGUGUGUCAGCCUGCAUGUGUGAGCUGAGGCACCUGUGGGGAGCUCUGCAGGCUGCAGGCUACAGGCUACAGGCUACCUGGGUAUGAUUUUGAGUCCUUUGCCCACCAGGAGGCCUUGUUUGGAGGCCUGUGCUUGGUUCUCCUGAACACACAAGUCAAGGUGGAGCAGGAGUAAGGGUGGGUCUGAGGACAAGACCUGCAGCUGUUUGGUUGUACAUAGAUGUGGGUGCCUGAGUCACUGGCUGAGUUCUCACCCCUCCCUGUCGCCUUCCUUUCUCUAUUUUCCAGUCUCCUUACCCUCACCCAAUUGCUCUGUGGCACCGCUACAAGCCCCUUUCCCAAUACUGGGUGAUGAAAAAGAAUUAAAUUCUCAUGCAUUUACAA